ACACCCCCUCCACCCCUCGUCUCCUCCCGAAGCAAAACACCAGCGCCAUAAAUCACUUCGCUGCUUUCUCGCGUGGCGAUUCCCAAGUGCGCGGUGGCGUUAAAAUCCCUCGUUUUCCUACGGUAAAUACCGCUCCAAAUACCCCCCAAAAAACUCCAUGGGACUAGCUGCAUUUCCUUCUCUUCUAAUGACCCCGUUCAUGGUUGAUUAGUUUGAGAUUAUCAUCAAUUCUCUGUUUGUCGGUGGAGCACCUGCAGCACCUCCGACGAAUCCGCCGCUGCUUCGCCGUCGCGUGUGCUGGAGCGGCUCGCCGCCAGCUCCAUGCCUCAGGACGAUGACUGGUUCUGGGGGCGCCCGACUCCCGUCGUCGUCGGCGACGGCGAGACGACGUCGAAGCCAAAGCCGCCGGUGGCGGGAAAGACGAAGAAGGUGGAGGAGCAGCACCCACGGCGACCGGGGGAGCCGGACUGCAGCUACUACGUCAAGUUCGGGAGCUGCAAGUUCGGCAUCAGCUGCGUGUACAACCACCCGGAUCCGAGGCCGCAGCAUGGCGCCGACGACAAGAAGCCGGCCGAGCAGUUCCCGCGGCGGCCCGGCGAGCCCGACUGCAGCUACUACGUCAAGUUCGGGAGCUGCAAGUUUGGGAUGAAUUGCAGGUUCAACCACCCUCCCCGCAUGCCAGUGCCACCACAACAAGAGUAUUUCUCUGGGAAUGCAUGCCACUGCCACCAUAUUGAAGGCAAAAGUAAAGUUGAGCAAGUAAAGCUGAACGUUCUUGGGCUUCCACUUCGUCCUGGGACAGGGUUGUGCUCAUACUACAUGAACCGGGGAAUCUGCAAAUUUGGCACUAACUGCAAGUUUGACCACCCAGAUCCAGGCUCAGAUCAUGAGAAGUGGGUCGUUUCAAGUAAUGCCAAUCAAGUUUCCUCUCAGGUGAACAUUUACUCGGUGCUUGACCAUGGAGAAUCGAAUGAGCAUACUUUUACCUCCGAAGAAGUCCAUCAGCCAGGGAUUCCAAGUUUUCACCAACGAAUCAGUUACACAAGGGACCAACUUCUCCAACUUUGUCAGAAUGUCGAAGUGCCCAAGGACAUCUUAAAAUUUUGUCAAGAUAUUAAUGUUGAACUGAAUGGUGAAGAUAAAAUUUCGGGAUUUGGAGCAGAGAAAGAUCAUGUACAAACUCCAUCAUAUAAACGGUUUGACGCGACAGACAGCCGUGACUGGCAUUCAUGGUCUGCACAAACUAAUUGGGAACAGAAAUUUUGGGACAACUUCUCUGAAGCAAAAGAACCCUAUUCUUUAGGUUGGAAGCAAGAGAAAUUUAACAAGCCUGACCAAUCAAGCUUCCACUUUGAUUCUAAAGAUCAGUGGUUAAAAUUUAUAAAGUGUACACCCUGCAAAAGCACUUUAAUUAAGGCUGAAGUCCCUUUGUCAAUCCAGAGAGGCAUUAUCUCUGGCAAAGAUGAAGUUCUGAAAACAUUGAAAAGUAUACUAAACACAUUUUCACCAAAGAUGUUCGAUCUUCAGAAGGGCCAGCUAAUAGAAACAAGAAUCUCUAGCGCUGAUAUUUUGAAGGAUGUUAUUAAUCUUAUAUUUGAAAAGGUUGUUGCUGAGCCAGCCUUCUGUUCGACGUAUGCGCAACUUUGCACAUAUCUAAAUCAAAACCUCACACCAUUCCCUCCUGAAGACUGUGAUUGUGAAGAAAUUACGUUCAAACAAGCACUGUCGAACAAAUGUCAAGAAAUAUUCGAAAGUGCUCACACCGUAUGUUCUGAGAUUGGCAAAUUGAUUGGACAAGACCGAGAGAUGGAGCAACGGGAUAAAGAAAGGGUAGUGAAACUUGAAACACUGGGAAAUAUUAAUUUCAUUCGAGCCCUGCUCAAGAAAAAGUUGAUCACAAAUAAGAUAAUAGAUCACAUUGUUCAGGCAGUGAUGGAUUGUUGUAAGUUUCGCUUUGAACCACUUGGAAAAGUUGAUUUGCUAAAUAUAAUAUUUGAAGGCAUGCUGGAUUCAGAUUCAGCAGGUGAUGAAUCUAAUAUUUGCGUCAAUGCUAUGAUUGGUGGCAAUAAAUCUUCCAUAGCUUCAAAUGAUGUCGAGAUGACUCGUAAGAAUGUCAAUAGGCAAAAUGAAGAGGCAAUAUUACAAAAAUCUUAUGAUGAAGUCCCAAAUAACAAAAUGGAUCCUCAGAAAAAUUAUGCAGAUGGAGCAAUCAGUUAUCUCAUUGAGAAAGAGAAGCCAACUAACUUAGAAUCAUCUGUGAGGAUCUGUCGAGGAGGAUGCAGUAUUUCAGAGAUAAUGGAGUUAGUUGUUGAUGCAGGAGCUGUGGAAGGCAGUGAUGAGCAUUUCAUGGCUACCUUAUUAUUUAUUAAACCUGAAUAUAGGGAAAUAUUUCUUACCCUUGAUACACGUGAAGGAAGACUUGGGUGGCUGAAAAGGAUGUACAAGGUGAAGGAAUAAGUGUUGGACCUUAGUUCAUGGAUUCUUGCCUAUUUUCUACUCUUAUGGUGUGCCUACUCAUGAACUAUUUACAUGUGAUUUAUUGUGUAAUGCUACCUAAAUUUAUUAACAUCCUACAUUUCCAUUUGAGUU